AUGGAAGGAAUGUGCGUGCAGGGGAAGAAGGGGUGCGUCCACCGGAUCCGAAAGUGCGUGAUGGAUCUGCUGUUGAUGGCUGAGGAGGAUCAGGAGCUGGCCGCGGACGACGAGGAGGGGUGGGAGGUGAUGGGAAGCGACCUCUGCCUGAAGGCCACCUUCUUGUACUGCGAUCUGAACCAGCUGAUCGCCGCCGCCGGCGCCAGGGAGGAGCCGAGGAAGCUUCAGGCCCUCGCCGACGUCGCCAACAAACUCUUCGCCUACGUCGAAGAGCUGGAGCAGGCGGUGAAGAGGCGAAGCAUGGCGUCGACGCAGGACUGCUACAAGGAAACGGCCCAUGUGUUGCAGCAACUCAUGGCUGCCCUAAUGCCCCUGCACUGA